UGUCAGGCUCGUGACGUCAGGGGAGUGCAGCGAUCUAGUGGCGGUGCCGCUCGCCCCUCUUUCUGUUAUUUCAGGCAGAUGCGGGGAAGUCGGAGAGGAGGCGGGUGGCUCUCCUGCCGAAGGGAUUGGCUUGGGGUUGUUCGGCCCGCUCCGCUCCGCAACCAAGGACGCUGGAAGCCGCCUCUGGAGCGCCCUCCCUUUCCCGCGGCCGAGAGUUUUCGCUGAAUUCGUUCACCACCACCCCCCAACCCCCCUUUCGCUUUUCCUCCUUGCCAUGCACCAGGAUCUAGCCACCGCUAGCGGCGGCGGCAGCAGGAGGAACUUCCCAAACAGGAACCUAAUGGCUGCGAAGGUGAAAAUCUAAGCGCGAAGUCUCAUCCUGCCCCGGGGAAGAAAGCCGCGCAGAGGAGGGAAGAAGAGGCGGCAAGCAACCAUGAGCCCGGGGGCUCAGCACUGAUGCUUGCAUCGUUGCCCCCGGUGGGAGACUUCGGAGGUCCCUUCCCUCCUUUGGGGGCACCGCGGAUCGCGAAACCCGUAAGCGGGAGACGCCCGGAGAAGAAGGGGGAAAAAAAGAGGGGAAAGGAAAACUCCAUUUGGCCGCCUAAGACUCCCGAGCCCGCCGCUGAACUUCCCUUGAACUCCCGAUCGCGUUUCUCCUUUGGCCCCCGGACUCUUCUUCGCCGGGAGAUUUUGCAGUUUUUCGAGGCGCCGCAAUCGCCUCUUUCAAUUAUAUUAUACACACACACACACAUACACACCCCCAGAACUAUUUUUGGCCAAUUAUCAUGGCGAUGAAAGGGGCUGUCGCAAACACCGGGAUCUUGUUAGUUACAGCCAACGUCGGAUCCUUGUUCGAUGAUCCAGAAAACCUGCAGAAGAAUUGGCUUCGGGAAUUCUAUCAGAUUGUACAUGCACAUAAACCACACUUCAUGGCAUUACAUUGUCAAGAGUUUGGAGGGAAAAACUAUGAAGCAUCUAUGUCUCACGUGGACAAGUUUGUUAAAGAAUUGCUAUCUAGUGAUGCUAUGAAAGACUACAAUAGAGCCCGGGUUUAUCUGGAUGAAAAUUUCAAGUCACAGGAACACUUUACGGCACUGGGCAGCUUUUACUUUCUACAUGAAUCCUUGAAAAAUAUUUACCAAUUUGACUUUAAAGCUAAGAAAUACAAAAAAGUUACGGGGAAAGAGAUCUAUUCAGAUACAUUAGAAAGUACACCUAUGCUGGAAAAAGAAAAGUUCCCACAGGAUUAUUUCCCUGAGUGCAAGUGGUCCAGAAAAGGAUUCAUACGAACAAGAUGGUGUAUUACUGACUGUGCCUUUGACUUGGUAAACAUUCAUCUUUUCCAUGAUGCUUCCAAUUUAGUUGCUUGGGAAACAAGCCCAUCUGUUUACUCAGGAAUAAGGCAUAAGGCCCUUGGUUAUGUACUUGACAGAAUCAUAGAUCAGCGGUUUGAACGAGUUUCAUAUUUUGUCUUUGGUGAUUUCAAUUUUCGACUGGAUUCAAAGUCAGUGGUAGAGACACUUUGUGCAAAGGCUACAAUGCAGACUAUCCGGGCUGCUGACACUAAUGAAGUAGUCAAACUAAUAUUCCGUGAAUCUGAUAAUGACCGAAAGGUUAUGCUACAGUUAGAAAAGAAACUCUUUGACUAUUUUAAUCAAGAUGUUUUUAGAGAUAACAAUGGCACUGCGCUUUUGGAAUUUGACAAAGAGCUGUCAGUCUUUAAAGACAAAUUAUAUGAACUGGACAUUUCAUUUCCUCCCAGCUAUCCAUAUAGUGAAGAUUAUAGCCAGGGAAUGCAAUAUAUGAACACUAGAUGUCCAGCUUGGUGUGACAGAAUCCUUAUGUCACAUUCUGCCAAAGAACUCGUUUUGAAGUCUGAAAAUGAUGAGCGGCAAGUGGUGUAUGACCAUAUAGGACCAAAUGUCUGCAUGGGGGACCACAAGCCCGUGUUCCUGUCCUUUCGAAUAGCCGCUGGGGCAGGAAAAAGAUGCCUCCGACAUGAGAAGAUAUUUCGGGAAAGUUCAUUAUAGCGAGGAGGAAGAGGAGGAGGAAGCUUCAAACUCCCGCCCAUCGCUUAAAUCGUGACAGCUCUAGCCAUCCAUCCAAGUCCUGCGUGCCCUGUUCUUCUUUUAUUAUUACUGUUCUUGUUAUUUUAGGCUGUUUAUGCUCCACUAGCUUAUUUCUGGCGUGGACACAAGUCCCCACCACCCCCAAAAAUCUCUUAUACCUCACUGUCUUGUAUAUUCUCGUGUCAUCAAAAGUGGACUUUUUAUUUUUAUAUGGCAAUGCCUAUAUUAUGCUACAGUCCGGUUGCCAAAACAUACCUACAAAAAAAAACACCUCAUAUUAGUUUUUUUUUUUUUUUACAGUGUUUUGCCUCUUGGAUUUCACUGUGAGGUUUGUGUUUUUAGUUGGUCAGUGUGGAAUGAGUGUGUGUAUAUGUAUAUGUAUAUAUGUAGACACACCUUCCACAUUAAGACCGUUUUUCAUCACCCUUCCCUAGCUUAAAGCCAGGUUAGGAUGUUAUAUAUUGCCUUGUGUAGAAGUCCUGCUGUGUUAUUGUUGUUGUUUGAUCCUGUGAUAUUUGGGGGUGGGAAAGAGGAUCCAAGUUCGUUUUGUUUUCUGUUUUGUUGUCCUUUUUUAUAACCUGUUUUCUCAUGUUAUUUACUAUACUGCCAUGUUCCAUGGUUUCUGAAUCACACAACAGCAGCUGCUUUCUAUACGUGUAUAUAUUUAUAUAUAUAUUGUAUGUGAGUGUGUAUAGAGAUAUAUAUAUAUACACAGAUAUAGAAAUAAUUUAUAAUUACAAACGGUCUGUCUUUUCCUGAUACAAAUAAGACUUUUCCAACAAGCCCAAAUAAUAUCACUGUUGUCCGGCGGGAAAUUCUGCCACCGGUUAUUCAACUCGGGAUUAACUUGCAAACCGAGGAAAAGGGGAGGCAGAGGUCGCGAUGGGAGGAGGCCGUUGGACGCUUCACACCCCUUCUGAAACACGUUUCUUCCGCGUGGAAAGCUCGCAAAGGAGACACGGAGACCCCACUGGGCGCGUGGCGGCUCGUCCCGAGUUCCUGCCCUCCGCUUACUUCGGAGCAAGCCUGCCCGGGCUCAGCGCUACCAGUGCGGACACGCGUUUCAUGAGGCGAGCGUGAGCCCCCGCAGGCUGUGGUGCUCGGCCGAGGGGAGGGGAGGGGGGGCUUCUCCCGUGGGAGGUGCGGCGAGGGCGCUCCACAGCCCCAGUGCUACAACCACACAGCUCAGCAGCUCAGGUGCCAAACAAAGCACGUUCGCGAAGAGCGGACACAAGAAUCGGGGAUUUGGGGGGGGACACGGACCAACCCCUCGUCGGGGAGCACUUGUUGAGAAACACUGGACUAGAGGAAGGCCGGGGAAGGUGGAGCUUCGUUGAGAGCUUCCCCCCCCCCUUUCCGGAGUACAGCAUUAAAAGGUGAUUAGCGAGUCUGUUGAAGAAACACAGGCGAGGGAGCGUUAUUGAUUUUAUUGAGAACACUACCGAGCUCAGGGAACGGGCGGGGGCGGGAGUCGGGAGAUGCCUUUGGAGAACAAAUCAAGCUUGGCGGUGGGCGGGGUGGGAAGAGGGGAGGAGCAGGAGGAGAGGAAAACGGGAGGGAGGGAGGAAUGUCUCCUACGUCCCUGAUGAUCCUAGAGGAGUGGGAGCCAUUGGUGGAAGGACACGGAGCCGCCUAAGGCUCGGAGGGGUUUGUGUGCGCGGCGGGUUCACUGCGAAAUGAGCAUUCUGGUUCUCAAGCAAUAAAAAAAAAUGAUCAUGAUUUAAA